AUGGAGAAGUCCAGGAAAAAAUUUACUGAUAUUCUAGAUAAGGCAGUGGCUACUGCUAACACAAUGCAGUGUGAUGAACUGCUCUUUUCUUACAAAGGGAUUCUCUACCCUGCUACUUUUUGCAGUCUUGAGGUAUUCAGAGCUAUGGAGUCCUUUGAAGCCAGAAGUGAUGACAUCAUUUUGGCAGGAUACCCUAAAUCUGGCACGAACUGGGUAGGUCAAAUCUUAAGUGAUCUGGUAGCCAUAUUUGAAAAGAAAAUGAAGAAUAAAGAAAGUAGCGUGAAUGAUGAUGAACUAGAAGAAUUCCCCUACUUUGAAAUUGGAGAUGCUAGGAAAUAUGAGCGGAUGAACAAAUUACCUUCUCCAAGACUUAUGUUUACUCAUCUCCUUCCUGAAAUUCUUCCCACAUCUGUCUUCAAAAAUAAAGCCAAGAUAUUGUUGCUGAUUCGCAAUCCAAAAGAUGUAGCUACAUCUUUUUAUCAUUUUUCCAAUGCCAUAUCUCCUUUUCCCUCCUAUGACACCUGGGAUGAUUUCUUCGCAGCUUUCAUGACGAAGAAAAUGCCCUGGGGAUGCUAUUUUGAAUAUCUUUCCGCAUGGAACAAAUAUGCUGCUGCUGAAAAUGUUAUGGUGCUAAGUUAUGAAGAGCUAAAAGAGAAUCCAGUCCAGGGUGUGAAAAACAUAGCUGAUUUCUUUGGGAUUUGCCUGACUGAGAAAGAGCUUCAGAGUGUGGUAGAGAGGAGCAGCUUCCAGUCAAUGAAGAAGAACUCACAGAAAACCCAUGGGGCUUUGGGCAAUGUUUUCUUUCGCAAAGGUGGUGUAAGUGACUGGAAGAAUCUUUUCAGUGAAGACCAAAAUGAGAAAAUGGACAAAGCAUUUGACAAACAUAUAAGAGGAACUAAACUGGGAACAAAGCUAAAGUAUGAAAUCUAUUGUAAAGUCUGA